UUGUCCCCUAAGUUGGCAGGUGACGUAAAUUAAUGUUGUGGUCUUGUCCUCAGCUGUGCGGCUACUGGGGCCUGGGACCCUUCGUGUGCGACGUGUACGUGGCCAUGGACGUGGUGUGCUCCACUUCGUCCAUCUUCAACUUGGUGGCCAUCAGCAUAGACAGGUACAUCGCAGUGACGCAGCCCAUCGCCUACUCCCAGUCCAAGAAUAACAGACGCAUCGUCUUCACCAUCGCCAUUAUCUGGGUGGUGUCGACGGCCAUUGGAAUCCCGCUGUUCUUCGUCAACCAGUGGAAUGCGUCCAAGAGAUCCGCAGAACCAGAGCCGGAGUGCGCUUUCCUCAAUGCAGACUUCAUCAUCUACUCCUCCAUAUCCUCCUUCUACAUUCCCUGCAUCGCUAUGAUCUACCUCUACUGCAGGAUAUUCAAGGCUUUAAAAGAGCGAGCCCGCAAAAAGAAGCCGAAAGUGAGCGAGAUCAAGGCGGGGAGCGUGAUAGAGAACGUGACCCAGACGAGAAUGUUAGAGACUGCGUUGAGUUCGGAGGCGUCUCACGCAGCGCCUGCUCCAGCCAAAGGCCCCCCGGCGCCGCUCAUCGAGGAGGACAGGAACACCAACAACACAAGCAACAGCCAGGAUGAAGAUGAGGAUGACGUAGACGAGGCGGGAGUGGUUCUGACGGGCGCCGAGAACUGCCACAUCAUCAAGAACCCGAGACCGGAAGAGCUGAACCUUGGGACCGUCAGGGAAGAGGAGUCGAUGGAGAGAGGAGGGGCGACAGCCGCUGUACAGUCCACGAGGAAUGGAGCGGCGGAAGUGGUGCGAGGGGCGGAAGGGCGGGGUGCGGUACAACCAGACCCCUCGCCUAGAAAAGCUCUUCUCGUAAAGCAGAAGAAGGUGAAGAUCCAGUCUAAGAGGAACGGCGCGGCGGGUGGAAGGGCGCUGGAGGGCGGAGAGCUCAUGGAGAAAAAGGACAAGAAGGCGUCUUCAGCUCGCUUCACCAUUUACAAGGUGAACAAAGCCAGCAAGAAGAAGAGGGAGAAGUCCUCCGCCAAAAAGGAGAGAAAAGCGACGAAGACCCUUGCCAUCGUUCUGGGGGCUUUCCUGGUGUGCUGGGUCCCAUUUUUCACCUGCAACAUCGUGGACGCCAUCAGCAAGAAGACAAACAUCAAAAGUCUCGAGCCCAGCGUAACCCUGUUCUGGCUGACCACCUGGAUUGGUUACAUGAACUCCUUCCUCAACCCAGUCAUCUACACCAUCUUCAACCCGGAGUUCAGAAAAGCCUUCAAGAAAAUCCUUGUGUGUCAGAGCUAGCCGGGGACAUGCCACUUCUUUAUCAGAAUUAUUUUUAUCCCGUUUUAAAGUUUUGCCGCGUAGGUCACAAAUAUGGUAGAUGAAAGGAUCCUUCUUUUUUCGUAUGUAAUUAUAACAAAAAAAAAAAACGGACCAGGA